AUGGCAACUUGUACGAUAGGUGCAAAGGGAGAAGAAUGUGAGAGUUCAAGUAUUCCAAAUUGGCUUGAACUUCCAAGAGACAUCGCAGUAAAUAUCCUACAGAGGCUUGAUACCAUUGACAUAGUAACAAGUGCAUGCCUAGUGUGCCCUACAUGGUGGAACUACUGCAAGGAACCUCUCGUGUGGCGUACCAUUCACAUGACUGCUAACUCUUUACGCUGGAAUAAUCAGGAUUUGGAGAAGAUUUGUCGUUAUGCUGUUGAGCGAAGUUGUGGUCAUUUGGAAGAAAUUGAUAUUGAACAUUUUGCCACCAACGAUCUUCUCCAAUGCAUAGCUGAGAAAGCUAGUAACUUACGAAGCAUGAAGAUUUUAAAAGGCUGGGGGAUUUCAGAAAAAGUAUUUACUGAUGUAGUGAGAAAGCUUCCACAGUUAGAGGAAGUGGACAUUUCAAUGUGCCCCACAUUAUUGAAGGAUUCUCUUGAAACCCUUUGCCUAACAUGCCCUCUUUUGAAAGUGCUUAAGUUUGAGAAUGUUGGUGAGGUUUCAUAUAUUGGUGGUGAUAAUAAUGAUGAUGAUGCUUAUAUGAUUUCAGAAACAUUGCCUAGAUUAUGUCAUCUUGGUAUUAAAGGAAACAAGCUUACUAAUAGCGGGCUUCUUGCCAUUCUUGAUGGAUGUCCUCUUCUUGAAUCACUUGAUAUGGAAGGAUGCUCUAAUCUUGAUUUGGAUGAAGGUUUGAAAGAAAAAUGCCUUGAGCAGAUAAAGGAUGUACGACUGCCUGCUCAGAAAAAUCAUGAAUACUAUGAGUAUAGAGAUUUUUUAGAGGAUUGUUAUUAUGCAUAUUUUGAUCCAUAUGACUUUUGAUUGAUGUUGAGUUAGUUUUAAGAUUAUUUAAAAUUG